AGUCCCGCGCCAGCGCCGCCAGCGCCGCCAGCGCCGGCCCGCACCGCGAGCACACCCUAUCCAGUUCACGGUCGCUCUAUUAACGGACGGCUAUUUCGGCGCAUCAUUCCGAACGUAGUGUUCAGUUUCGCGCGGGCAGGUGUGCGCAGGUCGAAAUGCGAGCCACCCCCACGUCUUGACACAUGUGAGCCGCGGCCAUGGAACGGCGUCGUCGUUCACGCCUCGACGCGUCGGAACCCAUGACGAAGGUAGUGCGACGCCGGGAGAAGCCGCGCGAGCGGUGGCUCCUCACCCGUAAAACAUGGAAAUACAUGUCGGAUGCAGGACGCCGGUUGAUACCAGAAGGUGCACAGAACCGGGCUGAAGAUGUGCCGCGUAUAGAGGCGUAUUUUCAGGAGGUGUGCGCCAAAGAGCCUAAGUUCUUGCUUUGGAGAAAGAGCUCGUAUCCUGGAGCGAUACCGCGGCCACGGCGUAAAAAACGUCCGCGCGGUGGCUCCGUUAGGGCGAGGUCACCGUCCGAUGAUAUCCCGCCCCCAGUGCGUCCCACUGAUCUAUUCAUUAGUCACACCUCUGGUGGACGCUUUGAUAUCGCUAAACUCAGGCGAGAUUUCUUCGCGGCCCCACCUCCUUUAGCUUCCACCUCGGGAUUUAGCCAAGGAAAAAGAGUAACCGAUAGAGUCUCAACACUAGCACCCGUUGAGGAUGAAGAAAACAAUCUAGUCGAUUUAUUGCGCAAGUACCUGAAAUUAGAAGAAGAAGCGGGAGUUACCAAAGUAUCAGAAAGUGAAGAGUUAGUGCGGUCUCUGCGAAAGUAUCUAAAACGGGAAUCGGAACGCACUCCCACCGAUACUGAUGCAGAUCCAACUCAGCGGACUCUACUAGAGAACCUCAGCAGAUAUUACGGUAGAUCGGCGAAUAGGGACCAUAUAGUGCAGGAUAUAUUGACCGAUAGGAAUCUUUUAAAAAGACUAUAUCAUGACCUUCGUAAAACGAAGCCGUAUAGAGGCGGCAGGAGUGGCGGCGGAGCUGGUGCCGGUGGUAGUGGUUACGGACCUAGUGGUUAUUCAAGUGCAAAUAAUGCUUGUGCGCGAAAUUUACUGCGUCCACGAACUUUUGGUUUUAUACGUAAUAAUGAUGGUGAGGACUCAUUACUGUCACCGCCGAUGUCUCCGCCACCGCUCAUCGAAGUUUUCGGUGAGUCACUAGAAGACAAGUAUGUGGAUUGUGGAACACAGACUGAUCCUGUGCCGGAGGAAGUCUUGUUCGAGCUGGAGAGGUCGUAUAGGGAGAAGCAGGAAGUGGCAACGGUACCAACGAGCCCUACAAGUCCACCACCGGACCGGAGACCUACACGGCGGCGUUCUAGCGUAGACCACGACGACGUAUCUCAAUCAGUUAGCGAUACAAUUAAACGUUAUUUGCGAAUGGCUAGAAAGAAAAGCGUGGACGCCGACAAAGCGGAUCAGUUCAAGCGGAUAAAUUAUGAUAAAAAUUUGCGAAAUAUAAAGCCUAAGUCACCCGGGAUAGUGGACGACGACGGGCCACAUAAAGGUUGUCAGACGGAUGAGGCGUGGAUAUUGACAUAUAGGGAUUUGCAAUUCGCAUCAAUAGCGUCAACUCCAACGUCGCCACCAUCCCCAGCGUCACCGUCACAGUCGCACUCGUUCCUCUCAACGUUACUGGGUCGUAGUGCACCUACAGUGGCUCCCCCUGCAGGUGGCAUGCAGAAGUCGCGGUCGUCGAGCAGCGUGGUGCAGAGUGUCAGUAAACGGCUAUGGCGGACGAGGAGCCGAAGUUCGAGUCGCGCUACAGCUACCUGGACGCCUCAGGGCAGUUGUUGCUGGGUAGACGGCAGCGGGCGGUGCGUGCGCCUCACCGACACCUCGCUCCUCACCCUCACCGAGGUGGAGCGGCGCGCGCUGCAGCAGGUCGCGCUCGCCAAGCUCCAGGAGAUGAAGCUGGGCACACCCAUCAAGAUACCAGAAGAGAACGCGGUAGCGCCGUCUACGAAGCCGAAGAGACGGGCGAUUCUCAUGAAAAGGAAGGCGCUGACCACCGGCUUCUUCGACCAGAGUCGGACCAAGGACGACAAAGACAAAGACUCAAGUGUUGGGAGCAUGUUCGGUGUACCACUGGCUCAGUGUGUGGAGACAGAGAAAGCAUUGAGGCGACAGCAUGGUGGCUCCAGAGCAUCACUUACUUCGCUUGGAGCUCUAGAGAAAGGGGAUGAUAGUGAAUCCUGCGACUCUGGCGAUUGGGGUUGGUCAGGGCUGGAAGAAUCCGGCGGGCCAAGGGUCCCAGCGUUGGUGACAGCGUGUUUAGCUCACUUGCGUCGGCACUGUUUGCACACAAUUGGACUCUUCAGGGUAUCAGGAUCCAAGAAAAGGGUCAGACAGAUGCGGGAAGAAUGGGAACGAGGUACAUGUUCAGCGGUUGACGCCUCGGCUUGUCCACACGACGUGGCCGCUCUAUUGAAGGAGUUCCUGCGAGACCUGCCCGAUCCCCUUCUCUGCAGAGAUUUGUACCAACCUUUCUUGCAGACACAGAAAAUUCGAAGUCGUCGUCUCCAGUGGGAAGCCUUGAAGCUCAUAGUGCAGCUUCUCCCGGCAGCCCAUCGUGACACCCUGAACGCUCUUCUGUCAUUCCUGGCGCAACUUGCAACUCAUUCUGAGGACGACCACCAGCCAGGAAACAAAAUGGACGCUGCGAACCUGGCCACUAUUUUCGCGCCAAAUAUAUUGCACAGAAACAAGCCUAAUGAAGCAGCAAGUGCUGAGCAGUUGUCGGAGCGCGUGGACGUGAUCAACGUGGUGCGGCAACUAGUGGAGAGGCAGGCGGAGUUGUGGGCGCUGCCGGCGGCCACGCUGCACCUGGCUUACGUGCAGCUACUGCACGCGCAGCCUGCACACCUGGACGCGUUGCUGCUGCGCCGCGCACAAAAUAUGCCAGUGCCUGCAUCGGUGGUGGACGGGGCGAGCGUGGUGGGCGCGACGCCGGCUGGCGGCGGCGGCGGCGGCGGCGGCGGCGCGGACGGCGCGGCGCGGCGCGUGUGGUCGCGCGAGGAAUUCCUGCACGGCGCCGCCGCCACCGGCGGACACCACACCGACAAUGCCAGACGCAGUACUGACAAAACAUACUCCCGCACGAGAAGAACGAGGGAAACUGCCUCUGACACAUCAUCGGGGUCGUUUUCCUCCACUAUGACUAUAGUUACCAGCAGUGGCGGUGUGAGCAGCGGCGUGGGCGGCGUGCGCGUGCGCAGCGGCGACGAGCACGGCGGCGGCGCCGCGCGCGCAGACUCCGCGCCCGACUCCAACGACUCCGCCUCCGACUACAACGAGACACUAGGCGGCUCAGACGACGACAGCUGCGUGAUCACAGCAUCGCUUCAUAUCCCAGCUGCGUCAGUGUCUCGGGCAAGACCGGCGCCUCCGCCGCGGCGUAGAUCUACCUCCGGCUCGGAAUCUUCGGCCAAACGAGAUUCGGCGGUGGGCUCGUCGCCGUCGGCUUUCGGUUCUUCGGCGGCGUCGUCCGCCGCGUCGGCUUCGGCGUCGGCGUCGGCGGCGUCAAGCCCACCCGCGUCUCCGCCACCGGUACUGGCUGGCUCUGUGUCGACGGCAGCGCUGCGAGUAACGCUGUCCGCUGCGGGCGAGGUGCGGCGUGCGUCUGAUAUCGAUAGACUUAUUUCGCUCGGCAGAGAGCGUAACACAUCAGACGCGCGAGCUGUAGUGCUCCGACAACACGACGAGAGCAGCAGCAGAACGAGGGUAUCAAGCAGACAGGAACAGUCAGUGAGGAAAGAGGAACAGUCAGUCAGGAGAGAGGAACAGUCAGGGAGGAGAGAGGAGAGGCGAGAAGGCACCACAUUGUACAAGAGAGGAGAACUCAUAUCUAGUGCACGGUCGUCAACAACAUGACAUAUUAUUUACGUGUUUUUAUACAUAAACGUCUAUUUAUCA